UUCACCUCUGGUGGGAAACUGGCUUUUGAAUUAGUUCUCGUUGGGGAAGGCUUGGGGAAGACACGAGGGAGCUGCCAAGAACAGCUUCUCAGGGCCAGGGAGAUAGCGCAGGUGUCAAGCCUGCAGGGAGAGCGCAUUUUAGGAGAAGCUCUCUGUCUUCUGCUCUUUGCUGGAAGUGUCUUAUCUCCUGAGAGAUUAAUGGUGCUUGAGCAGUGACUUAAUGUGAAGAAAGCUAAUCAGAGGAUGGACGUUUCUCCUUACAUUUGAACACUUUGAUGGAGGCCUUGAGUGUGGAGGUGAACAUGUCUGUGGACGAAGGGGCAGCCAAGGCCCCAGAGCUGAACGCUCCCAGCGUCAAAUUGUGGGCUGAUCUCGGGGGAACAAAAGCCCCACAGCUUGGACACAGAGAGGGGAUUGGAGAGUUACAAGCUGUGGCCUCUCCACGGCAGGUUAAACGUGAACCAGAAGAGGAGCUUCAGGAGCGCUGGGAAGCCCAAUGGCAGGAGUUCUUGAGGACGCUGCAGGCCCCUCACUCGGGAUGGGGGAGCCUUCAAAAGUCUGUGGUGCCCUCGCCAUGGGAGGACACUAAGGCUUUCCUGGCCUCCUUCGAGCAAGUUGCCUCAGCCUGCCGGUGGCCUCGAGACAAGUGGGUGACCCUCCUCCUGCCGUCCCUGAGCGGAAAGGCCGAGCAGGCCUUCAGUGGUCUCAGUUCCCCAGACAGGGGUGACUAUGGGAAGGUGAAGGCAGCCAUCUUGCAAGGGGAGGCCAUCUUGAGGGAGAGGCAGCGCCAGCACUUCAGGCAGUUCUGCUACCGGGACACGGAGGGGCCACGUGCAGUUUAUAGUCGGCUCCGGGAACUUUGUCGUCAGUGGCUGAGAGCAGAGAGACACACGAAGGAAGAGAUUCUGGAGCUGUUGAUCCUGGAACAGUUCCUGACCGUCCUUCCUCAGGAAAUGCAGAGCUGGGUCAGAGAACGGGGCCCAGAGACCUGUGCCCAGGCUGUGGUCCUAGCUGAGGAUUUCCUGCUGAAACAGAAAAUGGUGAAACAGGAAGGAGAGGUGUUGUGGCCUUUGGGAGCUGCAGUGGCUGCAAAUCCCUCCAAGGCAGGCCUGGAUCCACCACCACCAGCCACGUGGGAAAGGCAGCCAUUCAAGGAGCCCAAGCAGGAGCAAGAUGAAGAGGCGAGCUUAUUUGGUGAUGGACAGGUACCUGUAAACCAGCUGGAUAAUCUUCAUCCGGGUUGUUUGGAGGCACCAGCAGACACAUCACUGCAAGGAGAUACUGCAUUCCAGUCUUGCAGUGAGGAAACGGGGCUUGGGAGCCAGGAGAGGCCAGAGAGUGAGUGGAGAACAAAAUCAGGGAAGAGUGCGCAUGAAGUUGCUCCUGUCAGCGAAGGUAACUUGGCUGAGGAAGAAACCAGAGCCCAGCCCAAAAUCCACCAUUGUCACUGUGGGAAAAGCUUCCGAUGGAGCUCGAAUUUCAGGGUUCACGAGAGAAUUCACACUGGUGAGAAGCCAUAUAAGUGUGCAGAAUGCGGGAUGAGUUUCCGUAAAUCUGCGCAGCUCAAGGCCCACGAGGGGAUCCACACAGGGGAAGUGCCCUUUCGGUGCUCCAUGUGCCAGAAGACUUUUACUAGCGGCUCCAACCUCGUUGCCCAUGAGAGGAUUCAUACUGGAGAGAAACCAUACAGGUGUACAUACUGCGGGAAGAGUUUCCGCCAGAAGGGGACCCUGACAACGCACGAGAAAAUUCACAUCGGAGAGAAACCUUUUAAAUGCUCUAUCUGUGGGAAGAAUUUCCGUCAGAAGGGGACCCUGACGACGCAUGAAAAGAUCCACCUGGGUGAGAAACCAUACAAGUGUUCAGAAUGUGGGAAAAACUUCCGGACAUCUGCGGAUUUGAGGGUUCAUGAAAGGAUUCACACCGGAGUGAAACCGUAUCAGUGCUCUGUGUGCCAGAAGAGUUUCACUGAUGGUUCAAAUCUCAUCACCCACGAACGAAUUCACACGGGAGUCAAACCGUAUCGAUGCGGCCGCUGUGGGAAAAGUUUCUGUCAGAAGUCAGGCCUUAUGACACAUGAACGAGUUCACACUGGAGUCCACCCCUACAAGCGCUCAGCGUGUCGGAAGGGAGUGGCUGGCAGUGCAAACAGUUGUGUGCAUCAGGAAACGAAUCCUGGGGACAGAUUGCUUACGAGUGCUGAUUGUAGGGAAAACUUCAGUGGCGUAGGGCAGCUGAGAGGAGGAGAACAAAAUAGCAUGGAAGAGCAGCCAUAUGGGUUAUUGGGGAAGAGUUUGGAUGGAGCGUCUUCCUUCUGACACAAAAGAGAAUCUACACUGAAGUCAUUUGUGUUAAAGACAGGGGUGGGAAACCUGUAUCUCUCCCAGUGAUGCUGGACUAUGACUCCCACCAUCCCCCUGACUAUGGGCCAUGUUGCUUGGGGCUGAAGGGAGUUGGAGUCCAACAACAUAUGGAGGGCCACCAGUUCCCCACCCCAGUGUUUUAUAAAAAAGGUUUAGGUUAUCCUUCCCAAACUGGUGCCCACUAGCUGUUGCUGGACUUCAAAUCUCAUCAGCCCCAGCUAGCAUGGGCCAAAGGUCAGGGUGAUGGGAAUUAUGGUCCGACAACAUCUGGAGAGCACCAGGCUGGGAAAGGCUGGUUUUGAGGCUAUAAGGCAGGGAUAGGGAAACUGGUGGCCUUCCAGAUGUUGUUAGACCACAACUCCCAUCAGCCCCAGCCAGCAUGGCCACUCGUCAGGGAUGGUGUGGAGGGCCACAGGAUCCCCCUUCCCGCCAUAAGCAUUUGGAGGUUGGCUAUGAGAGAAGUCGCAUCAAUGCCGUGACUGUGGAAGAAGCUUCUAACUAAAAUCUGACACUGAGGAAGCCUGAAGAGGGAUAUCUGAUUUUUAUAAUACUCAACUGCGAAUCCAGACAGGUUUUAGUCUGACUACAGAAUUUGCUGAACAUUUACACAAGAGAUAACUUUAAUAUUAAAGACUGUAACUAAAGUUCAGGGGAAGCAUUGCGAAUUGGUAAUGGGACCAUGUAUUUUUGUGAGAGCCAGAGAAAAAGGUUUGCAAUCUUCAAUUCAUGCAUUAUCUUCUUAAUAGGGAAUUGUGUGUAAUGAAUCACAGUCUCCUGUCUUGACCUCCAGAAGAAAAAAGGGGACUCUCUUCGACCAACAGGCAAUGCACAUGAUAGUAGCUAGAGACCACUUACACAACUCCCCUACACAACUCUGAAUUGAGACCAGUGCUUUUUAACUUGUUCAUCAGUGAUCUGGAGUUAGGGGCAAGCAGUGAGGUGACAAAGCUUGCUGAUGACAUCAAAUUGUUUAGGGUGAUUAAAAACAGAAGGGGAUUGCAAGGAGCUUGAAAAAGGAUCUCUCCAAACUGGCUGAACGAACAUUAAAAUGGCAAAGACUGUUCAAUGCAAGCCAGCGUACAGUGAUGCACACUGAGGCAAUGUGCCCCCCAACACAUAUACACUGAUGGGGGUCUGAACUGGCUGUGACUGAUCACGAAUGAGACCUUGACGUCAUAGCAGAUAUCACCUUGAAGAUGUUGACCCAGUGUGCAGCAUUUGUGAAAAAGAUGAAUUCCACGUUAGGGAUCAUUAGGAAAGGGGUUGAAAAUAAAACUGCCAGUAUUGUUCUACAAAUCUAUGGUGUGAUUGCACUUGGUAUACUCUGUACUGUUCUGCUCCACUCACUUCAAAAUGGAUAUUGUAGAGCUGGAAAAGGUUCAGAAAAGGGCAACCAAAACUAUCAAAAUGGACUUCCAUAUGAGGAAAGGUUACAACAGUUGGGCUUUUUAUUUUAGAACACUGGUUCCCAAACCUUUUUUCCCAAGGACCACUUGAAAAUAAUUCUUUUUCUGCCUGUUGUAGCAAUGGUAAUGCACUGUGCUAGGUGCUGUAUGAUUUUAAAUUAUAUUUUUACUGCUUUUAUUUCUUUUAUUGUAUUUUAUUGUAUUAUAAAUUGCUUCCAUAGAUUUCUAAUUGUAAUUCAAUCAAAUACAAAAGAAGCAGUAAAAGAAGCAAUAACAAUACAAUUAAAAAUCAAUUUGAUGUGGACAUGCUGUGGGCCACCUGAAUGAAGCUUGCGGACCACAGUUUGGGAACCCCUGCUUUAGAAAAAAAAGAUUUAAGGGGAGACACAAUAAAGGUGUACAAAAUCAUGCAUGGUAUAGAGAAAUCAGACAGAGGAAUGUUUUUCUCCCUUUCUCAGAAUACUAGAACUGGGGGUCAUUCAAUGAAGCUGAAUGUUGGAAGAUUCAGGACAGACAAAAGGAAUGACUCAACGCACAAUUGAACAAGAUGUAGUGAUGGCUACUGGCUUGGACAGCUUUUUAAAAAGUGGCUUGAAUUCAUGGAGGACAAGGCUAUCAAAGUUACUAGUCAUUAUGGUUAUUUGAUACCUCUAGUAUCAGAGGAAUAUCAGAGUCACUGAAUACCAGUGGCUGAGAACAACAAGGAGAGAGGGCUAUUGCCUUCAUGCCCUGCUUGUGGUCUUCCCGGAGGCACCUGAUUGGCUACUGGGAGAACAGAUUGACCUUUGCCCUGACCCAGCUGGGCUCUUCUUCGGUUCUUAACCCAUAUGGGACGGAUGUGUGUGAUUUCCU